CUCAAUUUGAAUCAUACAACUCAACCAAAGGCUCACACAUACACCACCAUGGGAGGGGGCGGGCCGACUCCACUCUCUUUUAUUUCAGUACAACACACACCAAAGUUUGUUUAUCAUGUAAUUGACAAUAUGUGUGUUGGAGCAUCUGUUAGCCAUGAGAUGUAUGAAGACUGCCCUCUUGACAAGUUUUGGCUCGCAGUACAACAGAUGAAAACAAUUGUUCGGGACAUCACUUUAGAAAAGUUAACAAAAGAAAAGUUCAUAGACCUCUUGUUACCACUUGAUCAAGAAACAACAGAAAAAGUUUAUGAAGCUAUAAAUGCUAGAAGAGGAGAAAUCAGUGAUUGUUUAUUUAGAGAGGCAGUAGAAAAUACUUAUCAUCUUAAGGAUUUUGAUUGGAAUGUUAGGCUGGCAGUUGCAAGUGAUAAAGUGUUAGAUCUCAGUGAAUCUUUGUUGACACUUCACCUCCACACAUCAUCACCUAAGAAUGAAAAAGAUGCAAGUGAUCUUUGUGUUGAAAUGACAGCAGCUCAAGUAGACACUCUCCUGGAGGAACUUAAAGGUGCUCAAGAUAUUUUAUCUCAACUGCCACUUGAUUAAACAACGUUUUUGAACUGAAGUACAGUACAGUAUUUAUUUAUUAUUGUGCCAGAUAUAUCAAUAUAGGAUUCUUUAUAUAUCCAGUAUGUAAACUAAAAUUAAUAAAAAAAAUGAAUUGGCAAUGUUAAGAAUUGGAAGGAAAGUUGGUCGAGUAUUAUUCUGCCAUGAUGUGUGAAGAGUUGGUUACCCAGGGGACUGGCAUGUCCCCUGGGCUACUCUACACUUCUGGCAUGGGUGUUGUAAACCCACAGAUUGUAGGCCAUGGCAUUUUUUUUUCAAGUCAGAUUUGGCUUUAUUAAAUUUGUUAAUUUAUUUA